AUGAGAAAUAAAUUCAGCGGUUUAAUUUUAUUGUGCAUAGUUUGCUUCGUAUUUUGCGAAAUAGAAUAGCAAUAUGAUGAAGGGCUAGCUAAAUCUUUUAUGCACUACGCAGCUACUGCAGGCUGCGGCUCAACUAGAAUUUAAGAUUGGAGCUGUUCUGUUUGCAGCUAUAACUAGAAUGUUACAGAUAUUACAAUAUAUUCAAGUGAUAAAUUCUAAACUUAAGCUUACACUGCUUACAGUCAAGCCGAUAACUAAAUAGUUGUUGCUUUUAGAGGGUCUGUAAACCCAAGAAAUUACAUUUCCGAUUUUUCUUUCACUCUUGUCAAGUACCCUUAAUGUCACACCAAGUAAGACAAUUGUAGAGCUCAUUUAGGUUUUUGGAAUGCUUACAAGGGAUUUAAUAAUUAAACUCUUUAAGAUACUCUAAAGUUGAAGAAUAAAUAUCCAACAGCAUCAAUUGUCAUAACAGGUCACUCAUUGGGAGCAGCCAUAAGCAUUUUUGCUGCUCUUGAAUUAAAAAAUUAUGUCCAUAUAGAUUACAUUUAUAACUUUGGAUAGCCUCGUAUUGGCAACAAAGCUUUUGCUUUAUAUAUAAUGAAUGAAUUGCCUCAGAUAAAGAGAAUAGUCCAUGAUAAAGAUAUUGUCCCUCACUUACCUCCUCGCUUCUUAGGAUUCCAUCAUGAGAGCUAAGAAAUAUGGUAUAAUGCUAAUUUUACUUCUUACAAAGAAUGCAAUAGUUCAGGUGAAGAUCCUAAAUGCAUGGACUCAGUUAUCAUUCCUUCUAUUAGCUAACACACAUUUUAUCUUAACGUAACAAUGGAAGCCUGCUGA